AUGGCUUCGGUGACGUCUCUGGGCCUGCACCAACCCACGGCCCUGGCCUAUGCUGUUGCUGAGCAGCUCCUGCCGGAAAAUCCAUCCGCCAAGGACUACACGUGGGAGAUUGAGGUGGACCAUGCCGCUGGCAUCGAAGAUGAGCUCCUCACUACAAAGGACACCGUCAUCUGGUCUCGGGGCUGCGUGUUCCGCAAGAGCUUUGGCUUCAAGCUCGAGAAGGAAGCCAUCACGCAGGCACUACUGGCCCAUUUCCCCGAUGGAGAGUCUCCCGAUGGCCAGCAGCUCCUCGCUCGGGCCCUGGUCGUGUUCCUCAGCACCCAGGCACACAUCUACUUUCUAGACGGCACCAGCCAUGUUGUCCAUAUGCCGUUCGAGGUCGAGUCUGCCUGUGCCGCGCCUCGUGGCGUCAUCGUACAGAGGAAGAUUCGGGCAGAGAGCGGGCUCGCCGCCAGUCUAAAGUUCCCCAAGGUCCCUCCAAACUCGUUCAUCACCAACCCGAUAUCGCCCAACUCGGUGCGCUCAUCACAGCCGGUCGCUUUCUCGACAGAAGGCCUGGGCAGACCGAAAGCCCUGCCGCUACGUCUCCAGCAGGAUUUGCAGGAUAUCUGGGAAGUACCGACGGACAAGCCGGACUCGCAUUGGCCACGACUGGUCGUCUUGUCUGACCCGCUGCUGGAGCUCGGGCUCGUGGUCGCUCAGCAGGAUAAAUCGGCAGCCGCAAAGAAGACUCGCCGAGCUUCUGGCGGCCGAAGUCCCAACUUCCUCGAUCCUGCCGAGGAGAUCUUACAUAUUGGGCAGAUUGGGCAACCCGGAAACCCCUUGCGCGAUUCGUCCUCGCCCUUGACCCUCGCAGUAACCGCCAACCGCGAGACCAGCACCUACACCGUCUGGCGGUUCGCCGCCAUACGUACCACCGACCCUUUCACCGGUGCUACAAAGACGUCCAGGAGGAAGUCAGAUCGUCGUCGGAGCUCAAUGCAGCCCGGUCUGCCAAGCGGCGCGACGACGCCAGUCCCGGCCAGCUACAAGGACGCCGUCGCCCAAGCUCCUCUGCCCGUCAAGCGGUCCAGAAAGAGCGAGAAGGUUGAGCGAGCAGACAAAGCCCUGGAGACACUCGAGACUUCCUUGGGGCUAGAGAAGGAGGGUGUGACCCGGCGCACGUCACGAAGGGUCAGUUCGAUGCUGGCCAGAGCAGAUCUCUCGGCGUCGCAAGACCGCGCUGGCUUCACCGAGCAGCCACAAUUGGCGAACCCCGCGGGUGGACGACGAGAUACCUCCCGUGGGAGCCAGCGUAACCGCACCAGUGCGGUCAGCUUUAAUGUGGGCGCCACCUAUCCGCCGGCCAGCCAUGCGACGUUCCUCGACGCUCCAGUCGACAACUUGCUCGAUGAGUUGCGUGCUGGCGGCGAUUUCGAGGGCUUCCACAGCAUGGGCCUCGACGAUCACGACUUUGACGGUCUAUCGCAAGAAGUCCUCUUUACCAAGAUCCACAGCUUCCCCAUUGACAACUCCAAUGUGCGGUACUCGCUGUCCAAGCAGCCGGCGCGGACUCAGUGCAAAGUCUUUUUCCUAGCUAGCCCGGAGUCGGUGGCCGACGACAAAGGCCGACGGCAGUUGCUCGUCGGGAUCCAGGACCCCAUGGAGAAGAGACUCCAGCUUUUGACGCUGCACCUUCAGACGACAAAUGCAGCAACUAAGUCUGACAGCAGCAACACCGUCAUCUCGUUUGGGCAACUAAGAAAGGCACAAAACGUCAUUGACUCGUGCAAGCUUGUCGAUGGGGACAUCGCAACCAUCCUGGUCCUGUCCCAAGGCGAGGGAGGACGCCGAGAGCUGAGCCUUCAGGCGCCGUGGAGCAGGCUGACAUCAAUCUCUCUGCCUCGCAAGCUCGCUCUCGCGGAUCUGCGUGGUCUAAGCUACGGUGGCAGCCUUGUCACGCACGAUGUAGGGACAAGGCGUGCAGUCACCCCCGUCAUCGGUGAGAUAGCAAGAGUCAGCCACCCGCGGUUAAAAGGAAGAGUAGAUGUGCUUGACAUCAGCACACAGCAAUUCCACCAGAUCCAGAUCCAGCUGCGGCCAGCUUCCAUGCAUAUCGACCGGCUCCUGGUGACCUUGUCGCACGCCACACGCUCGUUCAUGGGAGACAAUAUACUUGCCGCAUGGUGGGACAUCCUUGUGUGGGUCAGAGCCCAAGACGACGAAGUUGCCGACGCUGAGUGGUCGGCCUUUGUGGUGCUGAUCUUUGUUCUGUAUCUCGCCCCUGGCUACCAAUCUGGCUCGCAAGCUGGCGACUCAAGGUCAUCCCCGAGGAGGCGAUCGAGAGGCUUUUUGCGGUCGAGCAGUGGUGCUCAGGUAGACCUCAAUGACUGGUACACGAUGAACACGCUCGAGACGCCAAGCACGGUCACCCAGCCCGCGUGGGCCAACAACGCAGCCUGGCAGUGGACAGUGGAGGAGGACAAUGAGUCUCAGACGACAUUUCAUCCGCCUCCGGUUAUGGCUGAGACCACGCCGCUCGCGUCCCCUCUACAAGAGCUCCAGCUCGCCCAAAGGUUUGUCGCGUCCGAAGCAGGCAUUGCCGCGUGUGGUCUCGAAGGCUACCUGCCCACCUCGCGUGGCCACGACGAAGCGAGCCAGAAGAGAGUCGCCCAAGACGCGUUCAUGGCAUUGCAUUUACAUCUCGAAGAACAGAAACUGAGCUCGGCGGUGCCACACGGUGCAGACUGGCCAGCAGACGGGCUCAAGGCGGUCCUGCUGAUAGUGGCUCGUUGGCUCGGCUGGGAGCAUUGGGUCGCCUCGUACGAACUGGAACUGCCGCUUGAGUGGGUUGAACACCGCCAAGGAGCCACCCUUGUGACGACGCUGUUGGAAGUCCCGGCGCCUCUCCACUGGAGCGCUCUCGAGUGGAUCACCAUGAACCUUGUGCAGCACAGCGAUGCGAAGUAUCUGCUUCCAGCCAUCGCAAGUCGGUUGCCUGAGUCUGUCGUUCACCACCUGAGGCUCUUUGAGAGGUUCUUUUCUAUUCUCCAAGCCACCGCCGUAUCACCUACGCAGCUGGUAGAAGCUCUGAGCGAGGCAGGGUUUAAUGCUACCGCUUUGGAGUCAUUACCGGAUCCGGUCCUGGUGCCGCUGGCGGAUGCCCUCGCUCGCUGCCAGACAAGUCCACCUGCGGUAUGGUCAAGAAAGCUGCUACAGCUUGUUGACAGGGGCGACAUUGGAUCUGCGUUUUCUACGACCGUCAGCGCGGGCCACCGCUCUACAAACAUCCGGCUGCCCAACCACAACGCCGCUUGGGACUUCAAUUCACUUUGCCAAAACGUCAUGGAGCUCAACGAGUCCCCACUGGACGAUAUCGCCGAGGCCGAGAAACAAGCCGUGAUCCGACUCCUCUUCAAGGAUGACAGACGCCUAGAAGAGAUCCGCGACAUGCUCAACACUUCAAAGCCAAGAGUCAUCCGCCUGGACCCCCAGCCAGGAUGGACUGAGACUGUCUAUCUCGAAAAGCAAAAGGAGGUCGUCACGAGGCUCGCCACAAAUACAUUGUCCAUCCCCGCGGGACGAGGACUGAUGAACUACGGCCUUCGCUUUCCUCUGCUCACACAAAAGUUCCACAUACACGGGUUCGUGCUGAACAGCACCGUCAAGCCUACCAACACCACAGUAGGUGUCGACAAAUCCCUGUUCACCGAGGACAAGAUUGCGUGGGCGUUUUUCCACUCGGGUGUCGCCGGUGGGCUUGCCAUCUCUCGCGACGCCAAGGGGAUCGACACGUCGUGGAUCCUGUACAACAAACCUGGCAACGACCUGAACAACAGACAUGCCGGUUUCCUCCUAGCCUUGGGCCUGAACGGCCACCUCAAAGGCAUGGCCAAGUGGGUGGCCUUCAAGUAUCUCACUCCCAAGCACACGAUGACAUCGAUCGGCCUCCUUCUCGGCCUCGCGGCAUCUUAUAUGGGUACCAUGGACUCUCUGAUCACCCGGUUGCUGUCCGUCCACGUCACUCGGAUGCUGCCCAGGGGCGCGGCGGAGCUGAAUUUAUCCCCCUUGACCCAGACGACUGGCAUCAUGGGUAUUGGCUUGCUCUACUGCGACUCACAGCAUCGCCGCAUGAGCGAGAUCAUGAUGUCUGAGAUUGAGCAUAUCGAGACGGACGACGACGAGGAGCCUCUGCGUGGUGAGAGCUACCGCCUUGCGGCCGGCUUUGCGCUCGGCUUCAUCAACCUCGGCCGCGGGUCGGAUCUCAAAGGCCUGCAUGACAUGCGCGUCACCGAGAAGCUGCUCGGGCUGGCUUCGAGCUCCAAGAAGAUUGAGCAUGUCCACAUACUGGACCGCUCAGUCGCGGCGGCCGUGGUCGCCGUUGCGCUCAUGUACAUGAAGACGGAGGACCAUAUAGUCGCUCGCAAGGUCGACAUACCCGACGCCGCGCUCCAGUUUGAAUACAUCCGACCCGACAUCCUGCUGCUGCGGACCGUGGCCAAGCACCUCAUCUUGUGGUCCAAGAUUGAGCCCAGCCACGAGUGGAUCCGCGCAAGCCUACCACCGCGAGACCAGUCCAGAGUCGGUGCUACAUCUCAGCCCCUGGACGAUCCUGCACAGGGACGGCUCGACUCGACACACCUGCCCUUUUUGACAAUCUUGGCCGGUCUCUGCUUCGCGAUCGCACUCCGGCAUGCAGGCACUGGUAGCACCCGGGCUCGCGAUGUGCUGCUCCUGUACCUGCAGAAGUUUUACAGCUUCUGCCGCAAGUCGAACCCAAAGGCGAGCUUCGACGAGAAAUGCGUGCAAUGCAGCGCUCGCAUGUGUCUCGACCUGCUCGCCCUGUCCUGUGCCACAGUCAUGGCAGGCACGUGCGACCUCAAGACGCUGCGCGUCCUGCGUUCCCUGCACGCCCGCAACGAUGCCGACACGACGUAUGGGUCCCAUCUCGCCACGCACAUGGCUAUCGGGGUCCUCUCGCUCGGCUGCGGCACCCAGACUUUCAACACGUCCAACUUGGCAAUCGCCUCGCUGCUGGUGGCGUUCUACCCCGUCUUGCCCGAUUCGGUUCAGGAUAACAAGAGCCAUCUGCAAGCAUUCCGCCACUUCUGGGUUCUGGCAACCGAUGCGAGGUGUCUCGUGAUCAAGGACGUCGCCACGAACCUGCCCGUCAGUGUUCCGCUUGCGCUGCGUCUUUCCGGCAGCGAGGAAGAGGAAGUUCACGUGACGCCUUGCCUGCUGCCCCCAGUCUCGGAAGUAAUUGGUCUGCGCACAACCUCGCCCGAGUUCUGGAACGUCAACCUCGACUUCGGCGCAAACCCAGAGCUGAGAAAUGCCUUCAAGGCCAACCAAUCUUUGCACCUGCGGCGGAAGCCGGUAAGCGACAGCCCCUUUGCGGCGACGAUGCUUGCUUUGGGCCGGGACAGCCGGGCGGGCGCCUCGGCAGCAGAGGACAGCGCCGCGCAGCCGCUGGAGUGGCUGUUUGAGUCGACACCGACGCUGCGUAACCUCACGCAUGCGGAGCGCAGCAUCGCUCUCGAUCGUGGAGUCGGUGGACCUGACGUGGGCAAUGGCGCACUGAGUGUCGUCGACACACGGCUGGCACUAGAAAAUAUCCUGCAGACUGUCGACAGAGACGGGCUGCUUGGGCUCAAGGGGCUGUUUGAGUGGGCGGACUGGCGCUCACGGAAUGCCCUGCUGGUAAAGCAGGACGCGAGUAGGAAUGGUGACAAGCACGGAGCUGCCCCAGAGGAGAUCACUUGGCAGGGCGAGGGCUGGCUCAGGCAGAGCAUUGUGGAGGGGCUCAAGGGCGCUAUUUGGCUGGCAGGGAGGGAGUCGUGA